AUGGCAUCGUUCACCUCCGUGACGCGUCUAGCAUCACCCGUCGCGGCCCGUCGUCGAUCGAUCGCCGCCAAACCCUCGCGCGCGACGGUCUCCAGGACGGUGGCGCGCGCGGCGUCCGGCGGUGACGACGACGACGAGCCCAAGCUCAUCGAUCGCGACAACCUGGAGGGUAACCCCGAGUACCUGAAGGGCUUCGUCAGCAGCGGCGUGGGACCCGACGACGACGUGCAGGUGGACGGGAGGGACACGCUCACCGCGUCCAUGCGCCUGGCCGCGCAGACGGCGUCG